UCCUCCACAUCUGCUACCAGAAAACUGGCCGAUAUAACUCAAACAGUUUUAGAGGCUAGCAUCAGUAGCGCUUCAGUUAAAGCUUACAAAAGGCCCUGGGCGCUAUUUACAUCUUGGGCCCAGCAGUUUUUAGGUGACAUGCUUAUUACGCUACCCAUUCAACCAGCUAUUUUAGCUUUGUUUAUUGCUCAUUUGUACUCUUCGAAAUACGCAGCGUCGUCCGUUACGACUUAUGUUUCUGCUAUUAGUUACGUACAUCAAUUAGCUGCAGUGGAUGAUCCCACCAAAGCAGCCAUUAUAAACCAGCUCCUUAAGGGCUAUAGGAAGUUAGCUACCACUAGAGAUAUUCGUUUACCGAUUACGUUACCAAUCCUAAACAAGCUAUUAGGAUCGUUUCAACACACAGUCUCAUCAGCAUAUCAAAUACAUUUGCUCUCAGCUAUGUGUGCCAUUGCAUUUUUUGCAUUUCUGCGAAUAGGAGAAAUAACAACAACUUCCGGUGAGAGCACUAACCUCAUUAGAAUAACUCAGUUAGAUCGCUUAGUGGAUAAGAAGGGAAACGUCAAAGCCCUUCAGCUUACUCUGAUUAACUACAAACAUAGUGACCCGGGACAGAAUUUUGUUGUUUACAUUUAUCCUGAGUCCUUGUGCUGUCCUGUCCAGUUGCUUUUGCAAUAUGUUUCACUUAGA